AUGGCGUCCACCCCGUCCACGGACAACUCCAAAUCCAUCAAGCCCGCCGAGAUUGAGGUCACACCCAAGUCCAAUGCCGUCCCCCAAGGCCCAAUGUCCCCGCUGUCCUGGCGCGCCGCCCCGCGUCCACAGAUGAACUCGCGCAAGAACACGGAUCUGGACGAUUACUUUGUCGGCCCCCGUGACAUGUCCAAGCAUUCCAAAUGGCCCUUCUUCCUCCGCAUGCAUGGCUCCGUGCUCCCCAAGAUGAUUCUCCCACUCACCGUUGUGAGCAUCUGGUCCACCACCAUCACCGUCCUGUGCCGAUACGUCUACCCGCUCAAGGUCAACAAUCUGCUGCUCACCGUCCUGGGUUUCGUCGUGGGUAUGGCUAUUUCGUUCCGGACGUCGUCCGCCUACGAGCGUUACACCGAAGGCAGGAAGUACUGGUCGCAGUUGAUGCUCGUGGGCCAGAACCUGGCUCGCACCAUCUGGAUCCACGCGAGCGAGCGCCCGGGCCAGCAAGGGAAGGAAGACCUGCUCCUCAAGGUAUCCGCCCUCAACCUCAUCGUCGCUUUCGCAUGCGCCGUGAAGCACAAACUUCGUUUCGAGCCGGGCAUCGACUAUCCCGACCUCAGGGAACGCAUCGAAUAUCUCGACACCUUCGCCAAAGAAGCCGAACCCGAGAUCCCCAAGCCCCGCGAACCCGGAAAGCUCAAGGCCGUCGGCGAAUACCUGGGCGUCACCUUUGCCGAAUCCAACCCUCGCAAGCGCAUCAAGCGCUCCAAGAAGCCCCUGGGAAACCUGCCCCUGGAGAUUCUGAACCACCUGUCCUCCUACGUCCAGAGUAUCUGCGACAAUGAGACGCUCAAGAGUGGUCUGUACCAGAACCAAGCCAUCACCGGUGUUGUCGCCCUCAACGAAGUGCUCGUUGGCGUCGAGCGCGUCCUGCAGACCCCGCUGCCCAUUGCCUACUCGAUUGCCAUCUCGCAAAUCACCUGGGUCUACGUCAUGAUGCUGCCCUUCCAGCUGUGGGAGUCCCUUAAAUGGGUCACCAUCCCCGGCUGCAUCUUCGCCGCCUACAUCAUCCUGGGCAUCGCUGCCAUCGGCCGCGAGAUCGAGAACCCCUUUGGCAUGGACGUCAACGACCUGCCCCUCGAGGCCUACUGCGAGGAGCUCGAGAUGGACGUCGACAUCAUCAUGAGCCAGCCCGCGCCCAAGCCCGCUGAGUUUUUGCGCAAGCGCCUCAACAUGCCCCUCUGGCCCCUCAGCCACUCGGGCUUCACCGACUGGGCCGACCGCAGCAAGCAGGAGAUCCGCGAGGCCCUCAUGACCAAGACCAAGGCCGACAUGAAGGUGAGGCGGAGCAUGAAUCCCGAGCGUGCUAGCAGCGACGAGAAGAUCGCGGCGGUGCUGCAAAGCCAGGACGCGUAG